UUAUAUCACUGUGAAACUGAGCAACCAGUCUCAUUCGUGUCAGAUUAUCGCUCCGAGCAACAAGCAAUUCGGCCAACAAACCAACGAGCAACUUAGAGAAUUUGUCUACGCGCGCAUUUUUUAAACUAGAUUUUUUUGUGUUAGCGGCAAAGAGUUUUGAAGUUGUUCCAAAGAAAGAAAUUUUAAGGAAAAAGUUAGAAAAAUCCAAAAAUCCAUUCGAUUUCAUUCCGGUUGAGGAAAAACGGUGAAUUAAAGUGGUAAUUAAAUCGAUUUUUUCAAAGAGACAAAGAGAAUAUAAACUGAACCAGGCCAGAACCAAGUGAUUAUUUCGAGUUUCGGUGCUAAGGAUAAUUAGACAAAAGACAAGACAACCAAAUUCACAUAAAUCAAAAUGGCAGACGUAGACCAUGAACUCAGCGCACUCAGAUUCGUUGUGGAUGCUCCAUUAUCAUCAAAAGUAGCAAUGUUCAACAAUGCAGCCAAUGGCCACAAGGAAUCACAGCUAUUGAACCCAUUUACAAGCGUGAACGAACGAGGAUCGCCACGACCAAAAUUCAGCAAAGACGAAUAUGGAAAACCGAUAGCUGGCAGUUUGACUGAGGCACGGGGGCAAAAAGCGAAUAUUCAUGUGUUCAGAGAAAUGCUCGAAUUGUGUCAAAUUAUCCAUUCAGAGGGUUAUGCACAUAAUGAAGACAAUCCAAAAUUGAAAGUGAUUCUUUUUGGCGAACUGUUCAAUAUUUACACAUGCAUCAAUGACAAACUGGUUGGAUUGCUGCUGAGAGCCCGAAAGCAUAAAUUUGUCGAUUUCGAGGGUGAAAUGCUAUUUCAACGUCGGGAUGAUGAUGUACCCAUUUUUAUGUUGAAAACAACCGAUGAAAUCAAAGCAAUUCUAAAUGAGAAAAUCGAAGAGGUACGAAGAAGCUCCAGCCCAAAUCCACAAGCAACAAGUAUUUUGAUAAAAUAAGCUACAAACAACAACAACAAAGGAAAAAAUGUGCAAACAUCAACACGAUUUACUCAACUUUAUUCACAUGCAAACAUCCCAAUUAUUAGAUGCAAAAUACAAAAACACACAACUCUUAAACGAAAAUCCAAUAUUGAUAAGGAAUUAAAAAAACACAAAAAAAUACCAUUCGACUCGAUACGUUAUUCGAAUGUUAAUAUUAUCUAAUAAUUAGAUUAUUACUGCAAUUGAGUUUCUCGUCCAACAUUUUUUGUAUUUGUAUGUGUAACAUUUUCCUUUUCUUUUAUAUUAUGAUGAAUUCAUCUUAUUAAGUUCAUUUCUUUUUCUGUUUUUUUUUCAUAAACAAUAUUACGUUUAAUUUUAUGUGUAGCAGUAGAAAACUAAGACCAAAUAAAUCAAUGGGAAGUUUAAA